AUGGGACAGAUACUAUCGAAUCCAAUAAUUGACAAGGAAAAGCAGUCUGGAUCAGAUCGUUUGACGGGCUUUGGGUUCUGUGCCAUACAGGGUUGGAGAAUGACUAUGGAGGACGCACAUAUAAACGAACAAAACGUCUUUCACAAUGAUGAUUCAUCCAUCGAUCAUUUGGCAUUGUAUGGUAUAUUCGAUGGACAUGGUGGCGAUGGUGUGGCACGAUAUUGUGGUACCAAGUUGGUAGAUAUUUUCCGGAAUCAAUUUUGCUUCAAUGAAUAUAAUUGUUCUAAGUUGAAAUUAUCUCUGAUACAAACUUUUUUGAAUACAGAUAUUGAGAUUCAAAAUGAUACUGAUUUGUAUAAUGAUCACAGUGGGUCUACUGCGACGGUGAUUGUCAUUUCAGAGGCUCAUCAAAAUAUUAUUUGUGCCAAUGCUGGUGAUUCCAGAACCGUUUUGGCAGUAGAUGGAUGGGGCAAAGCAUUAUCAUACGACCACAAACCUUCUUUGUUGAAUGAAACUUCGAGAAUAGUAGCAGCAAAUGGGUUUGUCGAAAUGGAUCGUGUUAAUGGGAACUUGGCACUUUCACGAGCCAUCGGAGAUUUUGAAUUUAAAUCAAAUUCUACUCUUUUACCCCAUGAACAAAUUGUUACCGCCUUACCAGAUAUCCUUGAACAUAAAAUUAAUUAUGACCAUGAUGAUUUUAUAAUACUGGCAUGUGAUGGUAUCUGGGAUUGUUUGUCUUCACAAGAAUGCGUCGAUUUAGUCUAUUAUGGUAUAAAUUUGGGUACUAUGUCAUUGGAAGAUAUUGCAUCAAGAAUAAUCGAUGUUUGUUGUUCACCAACAACGGAAGGGACAGGAAUUGGCUGUGAUAAUAUGAGUGUCACAAUCGUAGCAUUGUUGAAGCAAGGGGAGACGGUGGAUCAAUGGUUCACAAGAGUGAGAGGUAAGAAGACGGAGAGUCCGACUUCUUUUGAAAAUAGAAGGAAAAUGGUUUUCAGUUAUUAUAAUUUUACUGAUGAUGAGACCAUAUUCGAUGUCACAACAAAGCCACCUGAACAGAAUAGCCAAGAACAUACUAAAGAACUGUCAAAUAAACCAGAGUAUUCAAAUCCUACUAGAAAUCCAAUAAACUUAUUUUCUAUUGAGUCAUUAUUGGAGGCGGGUCUUGAGAUUAGCAGGGCACAGCAACCUCAGCAAUUUUUUCAUGGAUCAGCUCUAGCUGAUAUGUUACAUUCGUUAAGUGAUGCUGCUGCAGGUGAGACCCUUCCUUAUGACGAUACUGAUAACGAUGCAGACCAUCAUUUAGAUGAAACAGAUACUAAGCUUGAAGAACUUGAAUAG